UGUAAGAUGGCGUACGUACGGGACAGCGACACGUCACUAUGGCUCCACAACAAACUCGGAACCAAUGAUCUCUGGUCGUCGCACUCCAUCUGCUCGCAACUCGACCGGGAGCUCUUGGGGAAAAUCCCGCAGAUAUUCUCCGAUCUCCAAAGUCAGGUCAAGCUGAAACUGAUCCUGGCGAUCAUCCACAUUCCGCUCCGGAACAUGGCAGAGUGGAGCACCGAGUUGAAAGCGAUUCUUGUGAAAGCGAGCCAAGACAACGAUCAAUGGGUGUCAACACUGGCGGAUCUUCUGAGAACGUAUCCGGAUGACGGAACUCUUUUUCUCGACCCUGAAUCGGGUGGAUUCUGCGAACUCCUCAACGAGUUACGAAAGCUCGUGAGGAGCCGUUCCCUGGAACAGCAAAUUCUGCCCGAGGAGUGUUUGUAUCUGAACAAAAGCGCAAGCAAUGCCCUCCUCGGGCCGCCGCCAGCUCCCACUAAGCAUUUCAACAUUCGCAAAAAUCCCAAAAGCUACCAGGUCAAAGCUGAGUAUCUUCAGAAAGCGAGAGAAUCUCAAAACACGAAACGAUCCAUCUCGAAUUCAUCCGUGCCUAUUCGUUGUCGCGGUCUGAGCAAAUUGAGCGCGGACAGUCCGUUGAGAGGCAUUCCCUCGAACAGACUGAGUGGCUCAUUCCGGUCACCGAUCUCAUCGCUGAACCGGAGCUUGAGUAAAACGCCGAAUCGGAAAGAGUCCGGCAUAAAAUUGCUGGAGAUCGGAGAGCAGCCGAUCGGACGGGACGCUAAGAGGAGAAAAAAGAACGCCGAGGAUGAAGGAUUCAAAAAGGACGACAAAAAAAUCGACGAAGAGAAGAAAACUCCGGAAGAGGAAGCGGAGACUUCGGCUACAGCGAGUCCAACCACUCCGGACUACGCCGCAGGUCUUCUGUCGUCGAUGCCGGUUCCUUCUCCCGCACCUUCAGCACCGUCCUACGGCAGUAUACCCACUAUACCGAAAGUGCCAUCUUCACCGGCUCCCAAGACGCCGUCGCACACUCCACAAUAUGCGAAUGUGCAAAUAUCGACGCAGUCACAAUCUUCCACACCGGCGUCGUUAAAUUUGAAUCAGCUCCACUCAACACCGACGAAAUAUUCGACCGCGGGUCAGGUAGUCGUCACACAGUCUCCAGUCGCGGAUAAUCGUCCUUCGUACGCGGCAUCGACGUUGCUCUCGAGCCCAUUGACGCAGAGCCAACCACAAUUGGGACCGACGCAGCAGUCGGUGGUCGUCCAAGGUCAAACCUACACCGUUCAGACGCAACCGGCCACCUACGUCACACAGCAAACACAGCAACAAAUGCCUCAGCCGGGCGGCGCUUACCAGAACGUCGUCGUCAAUCAUGGUACUCAACUGGUUCAGAAUACCAACGGCACGCAGUACGUAAUUAGACAGGCGCCUCAGGUCGUACAGGGAGCAGGCGUCCAGCCGGUGUCUGUCGCCCAACAGACAGUGCAACAUCUGCAGACGCAGACGGCCAACGGAGCUCGAAUGCAACGGAUGGUGAUCCGGGCACCGGUCCUGCAGCAGACGGACCAGAGUUCUCAACUGCAGGCUCAGCCCAGAAACUAUUCGAUAUCGAAAACGCAAUUCGACGAAGCGCAGGAGAUGUUCAAGAACUCGAACAAGGUGACACGCUCGGAAAAAGCCUUGAUCCUAGGUUUCAUCGCCGGAAACCGACAAAAUCCGUGUCCUGCUCUAGGCGACAUAAUCACAAUCGUCCUGAACGAAGACAAGCAGGAUAUAUCACAACCCGAUGGGAGUUAUCGAUCGAUGUUAAUACAGACCCAUUUCGAGAUGAACUACGCUACAGGUGGUUGGGCUAAGGUGAUCCGGCAGUUCCCGGAGGGUCAGAACCGCGCACUGUCUCACGUGAUCGUGACGACCACAGCCACCAAAUGAGUUGUUGUAACUUGUGAAAGCAGCACCCACAGCUAGUAUUUGACAUCGAGAACGAACGAAACAAGAGUGUACAUAUGAUAGUAAUCGUCGAGAGUGGCUCUCGUGGAUUCGGAGUUGGGAUUGAUGUUUCGGUCUGGCAGUUGAAACGCAAAAGCCUUCCAGAGCCUCGAGGCGGGCACGAGAGAAGUUAUUCAGUUGAGAAGCGGAUCUUCUUGAAUAAAACUUGAGGCAAGAGUUGG